AAUUGGGUAUUUUCUCCAAUUUUUUAGUCACCUGAGGCCCACCCAUGGCCUAUGUGAGUGUUAGGUGGGGAUUCUGCGAAGCCAAGAAGAGAACUCAAUAGACGAAGACCCGCUAGUACAUAACAUCAGUUCAUUUACGAAAUUCUUUAAUAAUUUUAAGAAAGAGCCGGAAAGGAGAAAGACACCUGCACGGUGCAGAGGGGGAAUUUUUGGAAGGUUUAGCCCUAUAAAAUCCCCAGAACGCACAACAAAAGGAGACCCUUUUCAUCAUUCUUUGUGGGCAAGGAAGGAUAAUUGAAAAGGAUAUUCUCCUGUUGUAUGAUUCGGGUUGUUUCUCAAGGAUCAGCAGUGUGAGAUGAAUUGCUAGGGAAAUCAGAACUGCCAUUUCAAGCUGGUAAGGUGAUGGAGAUACCGUUGCUAAAAUCUCUUCUCAACAGCAUAACUAGUGUUUUUAAAUUGGCAUCUUGUGAAAGCAUAAAAUGUGAACCAGUUCAGGAAUAUCAUCAAACGAUUGAAGAUAUGUUGAAGUUAUUAAAGCCAAUUCUUGAUGCCAUUCUUGAUGUUGAAAUCCCUUCUGACGAAUUACUUCAGAAAGAAUUCACUGGACUAUGCCAGUCCAUCGAUGAUUUGAGAGAGACGUUUGAAAACUGGCAGCUACUGAUGAGUAAAGUUUACUUUGUUUUACAAGUUGAGUCGCUGAUGGAAAAGAUCCAGACUUCUAGUUUGGAAAUUCUUGAAUUGCUGAAUAUUUGUGAGCAAUGCUUACCUGCUGAAUUAAGUUCUGCAUCCCUUGAGAUACAGAACUGUGUACUGAAAAUUAAGAACAUGGGAUGUGGCCAAAAAUCAGAAAUAAUCUCAAAAGCUGUUAAGGAUCAUGUGGAGGGCUUGGGAGCCAGCUCUGAGAGCCUGGCAAAAAUUUCUGACAGCCUGGGAUUAAAGUCAAACCAGGAACUUCUAAUUGAGGCUGUGGCCCUUGAGAAACUGAAAGAAAAUGCUGAACAAGCUGAAAAAACUGGCGAAGUUGAAUAUAUUGAUCAAAUGAUUGCUUUAAUAAUCCAUAUGCACGAUCUGCUUGUUAUGUUGAAACAGUCCGAGACCUGUAAUCCUGUGGCAAUACCCGCUGAUUUCUGUUGCCCUCUCUCACUUGAACUCAUGACAGAUCCUGUAAUUGUUGCAUCUGGACAAACAUAUGAGCGGGCUUUUAUACGGAACUGGAUUGAUCUUGGACUCACUGUUUGCCCCAAGACAAGGCAAACUCUAGCACACACCAAUCUUAUUCCUAAUUACACUGUAAAAGCGCUGAUUGCAAAUUGGUGUGAAUUGAACAACGUGAAGCUGCCUGAUCCUGUAAAAUCUAUUAGCUUGAAUCAGCCUUCUUCACUUCUUGCGAAUGUGGAGUCUGGUGGAGGAGGGAGAGCCAAUCAUUCUCCGUCUCCAGAUCCAACUAUGUCUUUGGGUUCUCCAAGAAAGAAUUCAAUCUCAUAUAGUGGGACUCAACGAGAGGCAUCACAUCUGAACCAUCCUCGUUCGUUGUCAGAGGAUUCUUCACUAAGAGCUAUACAUGGGAAUGGUUUAGACGUUGAGAGAAUUUCCUCGAAAAGUUUUGAUGACAGGUUGGGCCACUCAGGAGAGAGAAGUUUGAACUCGGAAUGUCCACUCUUGGUGUCCUCAUCUGGAAAUAGUGCUGUUGGUGCUGAUGAGCAGUUAUCUCCGGGCCAUACCCGAACAAAUUCUGUCUCCAGCACCCUUUCUAAUUAUAAUGUUUCAGAAACACCUGGUGACGGAAAUGAGGUGGCAUCAGAUGCUGCUGCCUAUGUUAAUGAUGCUUCUGGAGUGCUUACAUCAGAACCUCAACUGGCUGCUUACGCGAGUGCCCUACACAGAGAGCCCGACUUCCCAUCUCGGCAAGAAACAAGAUCUCGUGUCCCAACAGUUUUCCGUCGACCAUCGGAGAGAUUUGUUCCAAGAGUAGUUUGUUCUUCUGCAGUUGAAUUAAGGGCUGAUCUUUUGGAAGUUGAAACACAAGUUAAGAAGCUGGUUGAGGACCUGAAAACUGCUUCCCUUGAUAUACAGAGAAAUGCCACAGCUGAACUUCGGUUACUUGCUAAGCAUAAUAUGGAUAAUCGAAUUGUCAUUGCAAAAUGUGGGGCCAUCAGCUUAUUAGUCAAUCUACUCCUUUCAUCUGACUUAAAAAUACAAGAAAAUGCUGUUACUGCUAUUCUCAACUUAUCGAUUAAUGAUAACAACAAGAAUGCAAUUGCAAAUGCUGAUGCAAUUGGACCUCUGAUACAUGUCCUUGAGACAGGCAGCCCUGAAGCCAAGGAAAACUCAGCUGCUACUCUUUUUAGUCUCUCGGUGAUUGAAGAAAACAAAAUCAAGAUUGGCAGGUCCGGAGCAAUCAAACCCCUUGUUGAUCUAUUGGGAAAUGGAACUCCAAGAGGCAAGAAAGAUGCCGCCACAGCUUUGUUUAACUUAUCAAUAUUUCACGAGAACAAGGCCCGUAUUGUGCAGGCAGGCGCAGUGAAGUACCUCAUUGAGUUGAUGGACCCCGCUGCUGGAAUGGUUGAUAAGGCAGUCGCUGUUUUAUCUAAUCUUUCUACUAUUCAUGAGGGACGAAUAGCAAUUGGUCAGGAAGGAGGAAUCCCUGUCCUGGUUGAAGUGGCCGAGCUGGGCUCUGGUAGAGGAAAGGAGAAUGCAGCUGCUGCACUCCUGCAAUUGAGCACUAAUAGCGGUAGAUUUUGCAAUAUGGUUCUCCAGGAAGGAGCCGUUCCUCCAUUAGUGGCGCUGUCACAAUCUGGGACGCCUAGAGCCAGAGAAAAGGCUCAAGAACUUCUUAGGUACUUUAGGAACCAACGACAUGGCAAUGCCAGUAGGAGAUGAUUUUGCUUUCAACCUUUGGCAGUGACAUAUAUUGAGGUAUAGAUUGUUCAAUGUGUAGAUCCAGUGUUGCAAAUAAUGUGAAUGGAGAUCCUACGUGUUGGUUUCAUUUUAUAAUUUUCCUCGACUUUGUGGAAUGAAAAUUUGAUUUAUGAGGGGCAUUUGAUUCAAAUCUCUUCCCUGAAUUUGUAUUUAGAAACAUAUUUAUACGUGUAAGUUUCUCUUUUAGGCUUUUAUAAUGAGAUUGAGCAAAGACAAUUAUUUUCUUUCA